AGCGCUAUGAGCUUCAAAACAGCAGCGCUAGAGGGUUUCCCAGUAAACAAUCAGUAAUUGCACACUGGCUGUGGCGAAAUUUGGCUCUCUGUCAGGUUUCUUCCCAAUCUAUCGACCAUUGUAGCGGGGAGCGUCCUGUAUAGCAGUGGUUUCCAUCGCAGACUAUCUACAUCUUAACCGAUAACACAAUCCCUCUGAUACUGUGAAAGAAAAAAAAGAAAAAACCCAACAAGACACCUUGCAGACCUGGCGCAUGCGCAUCGGCCGUUUAUUGGAGCGUGUAUAAAAUGACGAUGUGAACGAUGUGAGGCCUGACGUUACGAUAAAAUCGCGUGUUUUACCACUAGUCGAUAAAAUGGAUACGGCGAUACAAGUGAGAUUUGUGUCUGGGGCUUCCCGAAGAAUGUCCGUAAACUGUGUCUUGUGUUUGCUGUCCGUCGCACUGCUUGGCAGUGUCGCCGGUGGCGUGAUGGACAUAACCGCUUUUGAAUACAUCCGAAAAUUCUCCACACCCUUAGAUCUGGGAGAAUGUCCUAGACGUGAAGUGUCUAUCUCGACGGGCACCGAGUCACGUGACGUGGAGCGCCAAGCGUGCAGUUUGAAGAAACGAGGGGAAGUGACGUCAUUACCACGUGAGCUGAACGACACGCGAAACGUGCCCAUCUCGACCGCCAGUGACAUCAUCGCUUACCUUGGGCUGUGCGGCGGGGAAGCGGCGUCAUUCCUGGGCAUUCUCUACAAAGGAGAUUGCGUAGCUAUUCAAAUUGCCAGUCGACUAACGUUCACUGACAAAACUAUGGUGAGAGCGUACGUAGAAUAUUACAGAAAAAGUCUGGACAUUUUAGAAAACAACUGGAGGUCGAUCGAAGAAUACGACCAUUAUUAUGAUGGAAAAUAUUAUUUGAAAAACAGGAGUUAUGGGACUUUGGAAGCCAUUAUCAUCCAGUUCCGUUUCCGGUCACGAAAGGAUACUGCGAUUGCAAAGAAGAUAAAAGCGACCUCGCAACUCAUGUCUGUGUACAUGGAAAUGAUAAAGAGAGAAGUGGGGAUUCCGUCAAGCAUAACUAUAAUUAGAUUGUCAACGGCUGAACUGAAAGAUUUCGAUCUUCAGAAAUUCCGGGCGGAUGAAUACAAAUUGGCCCUGCGUCACGUGAUGAUACUUGAGAGCGAGAUCAGACACCUGCGCGAGCAGAUAGCCUCCAACAAAAUAGCUCCACAUUUGAGUUACGGUUUAUACCCUUUCAAAAUGCAGAAUAAUUCACAAUACCGCAUUGGAACCAGUUCUUUGACGUGGGAACAGACGUGUAUGCUGGAAGUUACACUCAAACAAGCCAUCCACAUAGGAAAGAAAGCUUACAAACGGUGCCGACUGAACAGAGCUAAGCUGUGUGUUCGAGUUCGGGAAUUGCUGCGGACUUUGCGGAAAACUCAACGCGAGGUGCACAAGAACCGCUCAAACUGGGUGGAGAUGUCGAUAACCGAAAAGAAGAAAGUCGCGUCCACGUACACAGCCCGCAUCAACAGCUACAGCAACGUCAUGAAGAGGCUGGCUAGAGCCGUCAGGAAGUGGAGGAAAACAGAAAAAAAACUGAAGAAGAAGAAGAAAAGGAAGAAUCUGACCGGUCUUCUCAAAAUCAAAAAGUUGAAUAAAAUGCUGAAGGGUAAACGAAACGUGACAAGGAAUCAAUAUUAAAGACGAGUUCAAAUCAAUACUGAUCGAUAAGUUGGACUUACCUAACACUGAAUGCAUGGAGAUACUGUUUGUUUGUUUCGUUGGGUUUUUUUUUAUAAAGCAGAAUGUUGUUACCGGUGCGUUUGAUUCAGAAAGCUUUGGUUAGGUAAAAUCUGGUUGUCAUAAAAGCGGUAACAUAUCGCAGACAAUCGCAGACCAGAUGCAGACAUAAAGUUUCUAUACACUUCAACUUUUGUGAUCCUGCACAGAUCCAUCAUAGAUAUUGUUUGUCUAUUUCCUCAUUAAAAAUUGUCAUUGGUUUGCCAAGAUCUGUGUCUAUUUGUGACGAGCUAAGAUUCUCUUGAAACCAGGCUUAAAUGUUUAAAAGGCGAGUAGAAUGAUUGUGACAUAUUGUUGAACAGAUAUCGGGUUACAAGCAGAACAGUUAUUAUAUCUUGUUCAAUAGAUGUACGUACGGUUAAACGCUGAAAAAUAAUGCUAUGUUGAAUAGAUUUUGGAUUACAAUCAGAACGAUUAUAGUAUGUUGAAUAGAUAUCAGGUUAAAAAUAGAACAAUUAUUGUAUGUUGAAUAGAUAUUAGGUUACAAAGCAGAACGAUUAUAGUAUGUUGAAUAGAUAUCAGGUUAAAAAUAGAACGAUUAUUGUAUGUUGUUGAUUAAAUCAAGUUACAAACGGAACAAUUGUUGUACCUUGUCGAAUAGAUGUCAGGUUACAAACAGAACGAUUAUGGUAUGUUGAAUAGAUAUCAGGUUAAAAAUAGAACAAUUAUUGUAUGUUGUUGAAUAGAUAUUAGGUUACAAAGCAGAACGAUUAUAGUAUGUUGAAUAGAUAUCAGGUUAAAAAUAGAACGAUUAUUGUAUGUUGUUGAUUAGAUCAAGUUACAAACGGAACAAUUGUUGUACCUUGUCGAAUAGAUGUCAGGUUACAAACAGAACGAUUAUGGUAUGUUGAAGAAAUGUCAGGUUACAAAUAGAACGAUUAUGGUAUGUUGAAGAAAUGUCGGAUUACAAAUAGAAUGAUUAUGGUAUGUUGAAGAAAUGUCGGAUUACAGAUAGAACGAUUAUGGUAUGUUGAAGAAAUGUCGGAUUACAGAUAGAACGAUUAUGGUAUGUUGACGAAAUGUCGGAUUACAGAUAGAACGAUUAUGGUAUGUUGAAGAAAUGUCGGAUUACAGAUAGAACGAUUAUGGUAUGUUGAGUAUAUAUUAGUUUACAGAUAGAACGAUUAUGGUAUGUUGAGUAUAUAUUAGUUUACAGAUAUAACGAUUAUGGUAUGUUGUGUAUAUGUUAGUUUACAGAUAGAACGAUUAUGGUAUGUUGAGUAUAUGUUAGUUUACAGAUAGAACGGGUAUUGUAUCUCGUUCAAUAGAUAUCACGUUACAAGCACAACGAUUAUAGCAUGUUGAAUUGAUGUCGCUUUACAAGUAUGGAUUAUAGUAUCUUGAUAAAUGAAUAUCAAGUUACAAAGAGAACGAUUACGGUAUCUUGUUAAACAGAUGUUGCGCUAAGAUUUAUAUAUGACACUUAUGUAUCACAUUAUCAUGACAGUAUUAUAUUAGAUAUUUCGUUUUUAGUUGAGAACAUUGCUAUGUGCUACUGUUAAAUUAUUUAUGGGCUGUGAAAUAACUUCAUCUGAAGGAAUAAAUCCCACCGAACUUUGUGCAUGAAUCAGUUUAUUAAAAUGUACGUCAUAGUCAGAGGCGAAUCCAUGUGGGGGUGACCAAGGCACCCGUCCCUCUAAAUAUAUUCAAUUUUUUUAAAACAAAUUUGGGGGACCCAAUUUUGGUUUUAGUUUAAUUUUUAUUAUUAUGUUUUUGUUUUGGUACUCUAUGGUCGAUGUCUCGUUUGUCUAAAAAAAUUAAUAUAAAAGUAAAUAUUCACCCCUCGCCACCAUUACAAAAAUAAAUAGAUGCAAUUCUAGAAUUUAAUAUAAAAUCUUUUUGGGGGGGGGGGGGGGGUUUUUUUGAUUUUUGUUGGGUUUUUUUUUUUUUUCGCUUGCUCUAUGGUCGGUAUCUCGUUUGUCCUGAAAAUAUAAAAUAAAAAAGUAAAUUUGUAUCCCUCGCCCCCAUUAAUAAUGGAUGAAAUUCUAGCAUUUACUUUAUAAUGGUCUUAGAUACCAACAUAUGUACACAAUAGAACUUAUCAGCCCAGCAGUCUUCGUCCGUUUAUUUUACGUGCAAUAUUAUUUCUCAUUCAUAUGUAUAUAAUCACAUUAUAUUUAUUGUUACAUUUAUCAUGUUUCCAUCCGUUAUAUAUAUUAUAAUUUUUUUUUUUUUUUUUUUUUUUUAAAUAUUAUUUUAUGUUAUGUCUGAAAUGUUUCGUGUUUAUCACGAAAUGUUUGUUCAUGUUUAGUCAUAUUACAUUUGAGAUUUUGGUUGGAUAAAACACCAAAUAUCGUCACCUGUCGCAGGUGAAGAAACGAACUGGGAUGUGGAGGUGGACUGCAAAAGAAGUUUACUGAAAAGCACUCUGUCACUCUGUGGUCGGAUGUAAAGAAGAUUUAAUAUAUUGAAUAUGAAAUGGACUGUCCUGAGUUUCCAGCCAUUGUAUCAUGUUUUCGAUUAACACCCCCUUUUUGGCGACUACAAUUACAUAUUAAAGACAUUUUCUCGUUUAGAA